GUGGUAUUCUCUCAUCUACGGACAUUCCAGUCGAAGGAUCUUAUUCGGAGAAGUAGGCUAUGUUUCCGGAGAAUGGUCAAUGAUAGAUGGAAAAUCAUGAACAGCGUUUCAGAACUCGAAGAUGGACAGCGACAUAAAACGCAGAGGACAUCGUGCAGCUACCUCUUAUGGACCAUUCUGUUCUUUGUGGCCGUGCUUCUGGCCGUCACGGUAACCGGCAGCAUCCUGGUGAUGAACCACUACCAGACUCCUCGUCACGGCAGCGAGCUCGACUCCCUGGCAUCCCACAUCAGCACCAACCAGGACACAGAGGCCAACGCUCUGGUCACCAUCGACCGUGGAGACGGCUCACGUAUCAACGUCUUCAUCGAGCCCAACUGCCCCGACUACAACGCCAACUUCCAGAGGCUGGAAGGGGUGCAGACCUCUCUACUGCACUCGUUCACCGACCACGACUCGGACCUGAAGUCCGUCAGGGGCCAGGACCGUGUGCUAUUGGUCAAGUUGGCCGAGGAUGUGGCCAAGCUGUCAGCCCACGCCACCCAGCUGAAGAUGGAGUAUGAGGGCCUGAGGAGGGGGCAGAGUAACAUCGGCCAGGAGCUUGGCACGCUGCAGACAGAGCAACAGAGACUCAUCGUGCUGCUGUCGGAGAGCGAGGCGAACAUGGUGAAGGUGGUGAACUCGGUGAGUGAUGCGCUCGACUCCAUGCAGAAGCAGACGGGCAGCAUCAAGAGCCGCCUCAAGGCCGACCUGCAGAGGGCGCCCAUACGCAUCCCACGGCCCAAAGGCUGCGGCAACGGAGAGGGUGCCCGGCCGCGUGACUGCAGUGACAUCUAUGCCAGUGGGCAGAGGGAGGAUGGCCUCUACUCCGUCUUCCCUGUCCACUUCCCUGCCGGCUUUCAGGUCUACUGUGACAUGACCACCGACGGGGGAGGAUGGACGGUGAUCCAGCGGCGUGAGGAUGGCUCGGUCAACUUCUUUCGAGACUGGCUGGCGUACCGCGAGGGCUUUGGCAAGAUCACCGGGGAACACUGGCUGGGUAUGAAGCGGAUCCACGCCCUGACCAUCCAGGCCAACUACGAGCUGCGGAUCGACCUGGAGGAUUUUGAGAACAGCACAUCCUUCGCCCAGUAUGGCUCCUUCGGGGUGGGGCUCUUCUCAGUGGACCCUGAUGAGGCUGGAUACCCCCUCACCAUCUCAGACUACUCUGGCACCGCAGGUGACUCUCUGCUGAAGCACAACGGUAUGAAGUUCACCACUAAGGACGUAGACAACGACCACUCGGAGAACAACUGUGCAGCGUUCUACCACGGCGCCUGGUGGUACCGCAACUGCCACACGUCCAACCUGAAUGGCCAGUACCUGCGCGGCCAGCACAUCUCCUACGCUGACGGCAUCGAGUGGUCGUCUUGGACCGGCUGGCAGUACUCACUCAAGUUCGUGGAGAUGAAGAUCAGGCCCACCAAAGAGGACAACCAAUGAUCCAACAAAUUGUAUCAAGGCAACCAGUGAGGCCAGAGUUUUAUCAGACUAGAGAUGACCUGGGAUAUCAGAGCAGAUUUGUACCAGAGAGGACAUCCAGUGAUGAACCAGAGCUUUUAUCAGACCAUACCACCAGGCUUUACCAGAGGCAGGGAGCGAGGAACAGAUAAACUGAGAUUGAGAGAGUAACACUCCUUUCAGACUGGCACUGUCAGCUGACAAAUGUCAUUGACAUUGCAUAAAUGUGAUUUCGA